AUCCACACAUUGGGCCAUUGGCGACUCUCCGUUAAAAACCAAAAUCCACUCGCUCCAUCUCAACCGACGUCGUCAUGGAGGCAACAACCAAGACGGCGACGACGACGACGACGACCGCCAAGCCAAAAAUGAGAAGAAACGGCAGUCGAAGCUUCUGCAGAAGCAAGAGUUUCUCCCUCUGUUUCAAACCGGUCGUCACGGACGGUGGUUCCGUUGCAACCACGGAACCCGCCUUUACGCACGACCCAGUGGAGCCCUUGCCGCCGAAGGUGGUGAGUUUCGAUAUCAAGGAAGAAAAGAACAAAGGCACUCGCCGCCGUUUGUCCCGUGUAAUCAAGGCCGUCCUGUUCGAAACUUCUCUGGUUGCUAAGGCAAUCAAGAAAAAACUCGGCCAAAGAUCAACAGACAGUCACCACCUACAUCCGAAACCGGAGAAAAACCCGAACGAAUUUUCAGAGCGUGACGAAUCGCUGGAGGACGAAGAAAUGGGAACCGCAUCCACCGUAUCUUCCUCUUUACGGUUUCCAUCGUCGAUCACGUCGGCCUUCCUUUCGCCGUAUUCUUCGUGUCUCUCUGACAGGAGUGUUGUGAGCGCAAAUGGUGUCGUUGCGAGAGAGAACGGGAAGGGAUAUCUCGGUCCUAAUGCAGGUUUGUCUUUGCUUCUGAUGAGUCUCUUGAUUAUGAUUUUUUGGGGCAAGGUUUGCGCCAUAUUUUGCACGUCAACGUGGUUGUUCUUGAUGCCGCGGUGGAGUAUCAAGCCCAGCAGAUCGGAGAAGAUGGUGGAGUUGCCGGUGCCGGAGAUUGACUCGGAUCUGUACAGGAAGAAGGUGAUCAUGAGAGGGCUACUGGAAAGGAACCGCAGUCAUUGAUGAUGGGAAUUUUUGAAGUAAUUAAGGAUAAUUUUUCCUAAAUUGAAAAUAAAAAAGCCAUGAAAUUGUUUUAGGCUACCAUGGGCAGAAGAGAUUGAGCAUGUUUUGUCAAUUUUGCAGUUUUGUAAAUUACUAUGUUUUUAUAAAUGUAUAUAAUAAUAUCUUCAAUUUUGA